AUGUCUGUCAGUCAACCGCAGUCCCUCGGGCUCUCUGAUUACCUCGAGAAGCUUCCUGGCACCACGUUUCGGAAGCUCUACCAGCAGCCUUCGACCGCCUUCGCCGUCUUCCGCCGCAUGCUACCGCACUUGGCCAAAACCUUGGUCAUGCGCAUACUCUACAUGCCGAAACCGAUGCUCCUUGGCGACCUGGAUCUCUGGGUCAAGCCCGAGGCAAAGCGGUACGGCCAACUUGGUCAACCCUCCGUUCGCGUCAUGGUGUCCGAGGCUGACUCGGAUAGGCAAAAGGAUCAUGCCCUCUCCAUCCUGCGCGGCCUCUACAUCAUUCAAAUCUCGGUCCCGUCCAAGGAGAAGCCCCACGAGAUGCAGCUGACGACGAACUUCAAGACCUCGCUCCGACUCGCACUCACCGGUGGCGGCUCGCACAAUUCCUUCGGCGUUCCCUCGGCCCUCCUCGUGCCCCCGGAGAUCGACGUGCCCUUCCUCGACCGGUACGCGCGCAAGAAGUGGGAGGACAUCCUCCACUUCGUCGUCUCCAGCGUCGGCUACCGAACCGCCGGUGACCCCGCCGGGCCCAACAAGAGCGUCAAGGACCUCCUCAUCGCCGGCCGGCUCGUCGAUAGGCGCCCCAAUGGGUCCGUCGGCAUUACCAAGGCCGGCUUCACAUUCCUCCUGCAGGAGGCCAAUGCUCAGGUCUGGACCCUGCUGCUGCUCUGGCUCGAGGCCAACGAGGUCAGCAAGGCGGCCGGCCUCGAGACCGUCGACAUGCUCUCCUUCCUCUUCGUCCUAGCCAGUCUCGAGCUGGGCCGUGCCUACGACACGAACGCCUUGACCGAGCAGCGUCGGAACAUGCUCCCGUCGCUGCUCGACUUUGGCCUCAUCUACAUCCCCCAGCACAAGCGCUCCAUGUUCUUCCCCACCCGGCUCGCCACGACUCUCACGAGCGGCGGAAACAGCCUGCGGACCAUCAGCGACGGUGUCGCCGCCGCAACCGCCGCCGCCUCGGACGCUGCGCCGUCGUCCUCGGGCCCCUUGGGCAGUGCCGGACAGCAAAAGGGCAGCGUCGUCGUCGAGACAAACUACCGCAUCUACGCCUACACCCAAUCCACCCUCCAGAUCGCCGUCCUCGCCCUCUUCACCAAGCUCGGCAUGCGCUUCCCCGACAUGGUCGCUGGCCGCCUGAGCCGCGCCUCGAUCCGCCAGGCCAUCCAAUUCGGCAUCAGUGCCGACCAGAUCAUCUCCUACCUUGCCGCCCACGCCCACGAGCAGAUGCACCGCACCGCCGCCCUGACCAACAAGCCCAUCCUGCCUCCCACCGUCGUCGACCAGAUCCGUCUCUGGCAGCUCGAGAAUGAGCGGAUGAAGACGACGGCCGGCUUUCUCUUUCGCGAUUUCGACGAUCACAAGGAGUACCUCGACACCGCCAAGUUCGCAGAGGAGAUUGGCGUCCUCGUCUGGCGGAGUGACAAGUCGGGCAUGUUUUUCGCCAGCAAGCAUGAGCAGAUUCGGGAUUACCUCAAGAGCAGAAAGAGGGCAGAGUGA